AUGUUGCUUAAAAUUGUUGAAAAAUUGCUUGAUUGGUUAAAGAAAAGAUUGGGUCUGAAAAAAUGGGAAAUCUAUCGAAUUUAUCAAUUUGUUAAUGGGCCAUUUAUAAAGGUAGUCAAACCAAUUGACAUUCCAAUACAUCGACCUAUGCAUCGAUUGACAAGAGCAGAUUUGGAUAAACAUAUAAAAUCAUUUCAACAACAGCCGAUUGAAAAAGAGAAAAUAAUUUUUGCAAUCAUUCCAACAUUCAUUUUCAGCAUGAUUAUUAUUCGAGCGAUAAUUGUUUUGAUCAUAGAUGAUGAUAAUGUCUGGUGUACAUGGUUCGGAUCAGUAUUUCAUCUUAUUGCAUUGAAACGAAGACCACCUGAGAUUUCUGGCAUGCAUAUCGCUUUCGAAGAUUUUUUUUACUGCUGCUUCUUAUUUGGAUCAAUCAAAAAUCAUUGCUUCUUCCGAUUAAUGAUGUCUUAUUGCCAUCAGAUUUUUGAUCCAUUUAUGGACAAUAAUGAAAACCAUUGUCGAUUAAUACUAAGAUACUAUAAUCAGAAUCGAAAUCAUAACAAUAAUAAAGAUGGCUCCUUUAUGGAAAUGGAUUCAGAUUCUCUGAGCAUUUUGGCCAGACUGUUAAGAUGGAUAUACACUGCUCAAUGUUUGCUUGAAAUUGGUUCUCCAGUGUUUAUAUUUUCACUUGCGCUUAUCACCUAUUCAUCCAUUGAUCCAGAUCGGAACAAUUUUCAUUUGUUCAAUUAUUCAUAUUUUUGUUAUAUAUCACACAUGUUUAGUGUUGUAUUAAUCCUAGCUUAUUGGAAUUAUUAUGGAUUAAUUUACGCUUCCAAUUACUAUCUAUAUCUCAACAUUGUUUCUUUCAUAUUGGAAUUCAAAUAUCGACAAAACAAUAAAUAUCUCAUAAAAUCAAUUCAAUGUUCAUCGAAUCUAAGGAAAAAUCUGUACGACCAUCGCAAGAAGCAAGCGAAUUUUUUCACUGAAAUACAUUUGAUGAACGAAUAUUUUGGCAUUUAUCUUAGUUAUUUGUUUUUCAUAUAUACAUCUUUAUUCUGUCAAAACUUAUAUGUUGUGUUGAAAUCACCAAUCUUUUCAUCGAACUGGUUAUUCUUCAGUGGACUCUCAUCCUAUUCAGCAUUUGUUGUCAUAUCACUCUGUUUUGUUGUUGCCCGAUUGUUUCAACUGAUCUUCAAUUCUCAUAAACAUUAUCAAUCAUUAUUGGUUAAAAAUAGAUUCCGGAUGCAUUUUAAAGAUAAAUUGAAAAUAAUGAAUACAGUCAGCAUAAUUCAAAGCAAAACAAUCGGUUUUUCCUUUCUGGAUCAAACCUACAUACAAUAUGGCACAUUAGUGAGCAUUAUAUAUCUUACUGCCACUCUUUUUUGUCAGAUCCUCAAAGUGAUGUGA